AUAAUGUUUGUAACUAACAGGCUUAAAUAUCAACCAAUCAGAAUACAGCCCGCCAAACAAUUGGUCGCGUCUGUCAAGAAGAAAGGGUGAAGAAGGUGAAAAACUGAAAGAAUAGAAGAUGGCAUCACCAAGAAAGACUAGAUCAUCAAAAUCACCUUCUAGAAGGAGAUCUACAAGUUCCUCUAGAAGUACGAGGUCAAGAAGUCGCAGUAGAAGUCGUAGCCGUGGAAGAUCUGUACGCUCUAAAAGAUCAAUUUCCCCAGCAAAAUCUACUCCAGCAAAAACUUCUCCACCAAAGUCUACAAAGAGACCAGCAACACCAGCUGCUGGGAAAGUGAAAAGGGAAGAUAGAGCAGUAACUCCUACUAGGAGGUCUACUAGACUUGAAAAUAAGACACUUCCAAAAGAAGAUAAAAAGCCUGUUGAGUUUCAGAUGAUGGAAGAACCUGAGAAAGUACGAAUUGGAAUGACGAGGUCCCGAGAGUUUGGUGGGGCUAUAGGAUCAUUCUUUAUGGUCUUAGGAUUACCUGUUGGAGUACUUGGGUUGAAUAUCUUGUGUUCUCAGAAUAAAUGUGGAGUGCAAAUGCCAAAAAUUUCUACAAACUGGAAGCAUUAUUUGGACAAGGAAGCUGCAUUAAUAUAUGUUGGUUGGUUCCUGUUCCAAGCUUUUCUUUACAUGUUACCAAUAGGGAAAGUUGUCAAUGGACAGCCACUUAAAUCUGGACAGAAACUUCAGUACAGAUGUAAUGGAUUCUUUGCCUUGAUAGUCAGUUUACUGGCUUUUGCUGGAGCAGUUUACAUGAAGUAUCCUAUUCAGAUAGUCCACACUAAAUUUAUACAGUUGAUUACCAGUGGAAUUAUAUUCAGCUUUGUUUUGAGUCUAUUGUUGUACAUUAAAGCUCGUCGUGGACCAAAUGCCAGUUUAGCUCCUGGUGGAAAUACAGGCAACUUUUUGUACGACUUCUUCAUUGGCCAUGAACUUAAUCCUAGAAUUGGAAGCUUUGACCUGAAGUUUUUCUGUGAACUUCGACCAGGUCUUAUUGGUUGGUUAAUGAUCAACUUAGUAUUUUUGACUGAAGCUUACCAAAAGAACAAUGGUGUUCUCCCUCCUGGCCUUACAAUGGUGGUUGUGUUCCAGGCACUCUAUGUUGCUGAUGCUCUUUGGUUUGAGGAUGCCAUCCUGACUACAAUGGAUAUUAUACAUGAUGGAUUUGGAUUCAUGUUAGUAUUCGGAGAUCUUGUUUGGGUGCCAUUCUUAUACUGUCUACAGACUAAAUUUCUGGCAGAGAAUAAUGUCCAUUUAUUUUGGUAUUGUUUGGCAGCUAUUGGAGUCUUAAAUUUCAUUGGUUAUUUCAUGUUCAGAGGAAGCAAUUCACAGAAAAAUGAGUUUAGGAAAAAUCCAUAUAAUCCAACAUUAUCACAUUUGGAAACAAUUCCAACGACAACUGGGAAUAGAUUAUUGGUAUCUGGAUGGUGGGGAUUAUGUAGGAAACCAAACUACCUUGGUGAUAUAAUCAUGUCUAUAGCUUGGUCAUUACCAUGUGGGUUUUCCACACCAAUUGUAUGGUUUUAUCCAAUAUACUUCACAAUUCUGCUCAUUCAUCGUCAGAGAAGAGAUGAAGAAGUCUGUGCAAAGAAGUACAAAGGCAGCUGGGAUCGUUACUGUGAGAGGGUACCAUACAGAAUAUUCCCAAAAAUCUACUAGUGCAAAUCUGACUAAUCCAGGGCAACAUUCUCUUAUAUUUUGUUAUUAAUCAUGUCCAUUGAUAUGUUGUAUUAUUUUUAUUUUGAAGCUAAUUUCCUUUUUCAUUAUGUUUGACUUGAAAAUUUAUUGCUCAAAUUAUUUUUUGAAGAUUUUAAUUAUUUUUUAAAAUUAAACUAAUUACAACUAAUUUUAUUAAAUUUAAUUAAUCUACUUUUAUUAUAUUUUUUUUUAAAACUAUUUUGUUUAAAUGUCUAGGGUAAACAUAAUUGAACAGAAUGGAAUACAUGUAUUAAUAUCUGCUAAGAUGAGAGAAUACUCAAGUUCUUAAUGAUCUCACCUUUAAUGAUAGCACUGCCUAUGAGAUAACAUUAACUCUUUUGAAUUGAAGUUUUGUUCCGUAAUAUAUGCAAAACCUUGUGAAUUAGUUUUUAUUGGCACUUGUUUCUCUAUGAUACUUAGUUUGUUAUUUGAAAACAAGAAAGUACUAAUCACCAAAACCUUUUUUAAGUUUUUUUUUAAAUCAAUUGGAAUACUAUUUUAUUUGUUCGGAACACAGUGCCAUUGUUAAUAUAUUAAGAUAGAAUAAUAUUUUCAUAUACAUGCAUGUUUCAAAUUGACUUCUAUAUUUUUCUAUUAUAUAAAUGAAAAAAAAAAACCCAAAAGUACAAGCAGUGUAAUUUAUUUAUUCAUAUUUUAACAUUUACAUGUAAUUGCUUUUUCAUUUUAAGAAGAUGGCAAAAUGUUUAUGUAAAUAUGUACAUACUGUAAAACACUGAUCCACCAGAUUCCUAGUUGUCAAAUCAUGUAUAUUUUUAUGAGUUUUAUAUAAUUUUAUGUAUAAGACUUUGUAAAUAGUAGUGUAUAUAAUGUAAAUAGCUUUGUAAAUAUGUGUAGCUAUGUUGAAAGAACAGAAAGAGAAAUUGAAAAACAAACAACCAAAUUUUUUUUUGUAUUAAAUUUAAGAGUUGCCCCAAAUUUAUUUAAAAAAAAAUACAAAACUAAUGGAUUUAUUUUACCUAAAAAAGUCGAACAAAACUAAUAGGAUUUUGCAUUUUAGUAGCUGAUAACUUUUUACCAAGUCACAAUUAUUAAAAUAUUAAGACAUAUUAAAAUGUUUAAAAAUUGUAAAAGUUUAUAUAGUGAGUGGAAAAAUAUCUGUAAAGUCAAGAAAAUGUAAUAAUUCUUUGUGUCCUAAAUAAGACAUGAUACAUCUAAAAAUGGCUUCUACAGGCAUUAUCAUGAUGUCAUUGAGGAAAUCCUGAAGAUUUAGUUGCAACAAUUUUCUUUCAUAAAUAAUUCCAAGUAGAACAGUGCUGUAUAAAGGUCAUUAAUUUAUGAAAACUAUAGUCGGAUACAGAUGAUCUUUCUUUUUCAAGAAGUUUAAAUGUUGUUAUCAUAACAUUGUUGUACUUUUUGAUAAAUCAAUUAAAACAAAUUAUAAUACUA